AUGCCUUCCAGAACACAGGCCGACUCUAUCGCUGCUCAUGCCCCAGGCCUCGCAGAGCGCCCCGAGUGCCGUUCUGACUUGAUCCAGUCUCUAGUCGACGGUGUUGACCGUUACAACCCUGACAAUGUGACCGUCUUUGAGGAUUACCUUGCACAACAAUGCCAGGAUGGCACCUAUGACUGCUUGGCCAACCUCGCCCUCUUGAAGCUCUACCAAUUCAACCCCCACCUCUUCAAGGACGAGCAAUGUACCAACGCCCUCGUCAAGUCCCUGGCCGCCUUCCCGCAACCCGACUUCUCCCUCCACCUCCACCUCCUCCCCCCCCACGUCCUCGUCUUCACCUCCACCGACUCCCUCUCCGAGGCCGUCCAAAAACUCCAGGCACUCAAUGCUGCCCUCUCAUCCGCAUCAUACGCCAAGUUCUGGGAGAUCUACAACUCUGACGACCUCUACGCAGACCUCGUCGCUGACUGUGCCGGCUUCGAGGCGGCGAUUAGGAGGGGUGUUGCGAGGACCACUGCGCAGGCUUCGAGGGUGGUUAGCAAGAGUGUCUUGGGGUCAUGGACGAAUUUGAAGGGUGAUGAGUUGGAGAACUGGGCUAAGGAGGUUUGUGGGUGGACCGUUGAGGGUGAGGAGGUUAAGAUUCCGGUGAACAAGGACAAUGAGGCGAAGCCGACGGUUGCGAUGGAGAACAUCAAGCUUGAGCAGUUGCAGCGCUUGAUUAGGCACUCUGCUGAGAUGUAA